GGUCCCGCAGUUUGUAACACUUUUCCAUCUUGCCGCAGUACUCUUCCGUCGGCAUUUCGCUAUGAGCACCAUCAAAGACGGCGAGCCCUCCCGACGUCCUGAUGAUACCCCCUUCAAGCAGCAAAAGCUCAAGGCGUGGCAGCCGAUCCUGACCCCGGCGUGGGUGAUCGCGACGUAUUUUCUCGUCGGGCUCAUCUUCCUCCCCAUCGGAGUGGUGCUGUACCAACAGAACCUCGACGUGGUGGAAAUGGCGAUUCAGUACGACGGCGUGGACGCGUCCACGGGCCUAUCCACGCUGGGCGCGAGUCUGCAAAACCUGAGCCCAACCUCAUCGUGCUCGCUUCCGAACGACAGCGACGGCAACUCGUUCAACCUAAACGAACACGGGUGCGUCGUGUCAUUCAAGCUCCAAAACGACAUGAAAGCGCCCAUCAUGGUGUACUACCAACUGGACAACUUUUACCAAAACCACCGCCGGUACGUCCAGAGCCGCAACGACGCGCAGUUGCGCGGGCAGCCCGUGUCGCUUCCCAUUUCCACGUGCGACGGCGCGACCCAGACCACCGACUUCAAGUACAACUCGACGGAGGACCUCGCCCCGAACGCUGUCCGUCAAAAGUACAACUUGAAUCCGUGCGGACUCAUUGCCAACAGUCUCUUCAAUGACAUUUUCUGGGUGCACAGCGUAUCCCUUCCUUCCGGUGAAUACCUCAAUCAGACGCAAAUGUACGGGAACGUGACGGUGCUCAACCUCAUGGACCAGUCGGAUCUGGCGUGGAAGUCGGAUCUGGACACCAAGUUCAACAACUAUGACACCGUCGACGCCAACGACUUGUACCUGUGGCAAAACCAAAAGUACCGCUGGGUCAUCCCGUCCAAAGUCGGCCAGGAGCCGAUCAUCAACAAGACCGCGUGGACCAAACCCACGACGUCGUACGGCGCCGAGACGGAGCGCUUCGUGCUGUGGAUGCGCACGGCGGGGCUGCCCAACUUUAGGAAAAAGUACGGCCGCAUCAACACGGACCUGCCCAAGGGCACCGUCAUUCGGUUCUUGGUCUCGAGCAACUUUCCCGUGCAAAGCUUUGAUGGACGCAAGUCGCUCGUGAUCUCGACGUUGUCGUGGUAUGGCGGCCAGAACGCGUUCCUUGGCCUUGCGUACAUCGUCGUGGGGGGAAUCUGCAUGCUCCUGAGUCUGUUCUUCUUCAUCAAGCACAAGUUGUCCCCGCGCAAGCUCGGCGACACCAACUACUUGGUCUGGCGCGGCAACAAACCCAACUAACGAACGAGCACACCAGCCGGAAGCACAAGUAGUGACGGUCGUCCUUGGUAGCUCCUCCAUUGCAUAUAAUCCUCAUGGCACGACUACUCUUUGUCUCGCGACGGCCUUGGUAACAAACACCCUUGCAUCCUUUCCUCCCCUUCGUUCAAGCAUCAUUCUUGGUGAGAUCGCAAAACUCGGCGUCGUUUUCAAACAUCCGGAUAAUCAAUAAUGUCGGUCGUGCGUGGAAUCCGGAUAUCCAUUGGGAAGGGUAAUAUGGUCAAUACAAUCUUCAAGACAAAUCUCAUUGAUUUCUUCGUACAAGUAUAUUGAAC